AUGCAGACAGUGAGGAAACUUGUGUUGUGGAAAAACAGAGGGGGUGAGGGCGCACCACGAGGAGGUGUUAGCGGGACUAGCUCCAGUUCUGACAGAGAAGAGAGAUUUCUAUUUUUAGGGAGACUGGAAUGUACACUGAGGCCUCUCGAAGGAUUUCUCAACAACAAAUAACAUAUCGGCGGUCGCCCCAGUCUCUAUAAACAUCCACCUGCCAAACUCAGAAAGUGAAGUUUCAGAAGUGAACUGUUUUUGAAAACAGAGGGAAGAGUUCGAGUUCUGUGUGAGGUUUGAUGAUACAUAGGUUUUUACAGGACCAUCUAGAAUGUGCUUCAAAUCAGCUGAGACAAGCUUAGAUGAUCCAAUAUCAGACGUCCUGCAUUUUAAAGACAGGGACCUGAUUUCCACUCUCCUCCUGGAGUUGAACUCCUUAAGGAAGGACCGAAUUCUUACAGAUGUUGUGCUUUGCUCUGAGGGCAAAGAGAUCCCAUGUCACCGCAAUGUUCUGGUGUCCAGCAGCCCCUACUUCUAUGCUAUGUUUUGCAGCAGCUUCCUGGAGACCCAAAAGCCCCAGAUAAACCUCCAGGGUGUUCCUUAUGACAUCCUUACGAGUGUGGUGGAGUAUGUUUACACAGGGUCCAUCAGCAUCACCAUGGAGCUGGUUCUCCCUCUGAUGCAAGCCGCCUCUAUGCUUCAGUACGGAAGACUUUUUGAAGCCUGCUCAACUUUUUUGCAGGCCCAGCUCAGUCCAGACAACUGUCUGAGCAUGAUCCGGCUCUCAGAAAUCCUGCAUUGCUCAAGCUUGCAAGAAAAAGCAAGAGAGCUGGCCGUGAAGAGUUUCUCAGAUGUGGUUGUUUCAGAGGACUUCUGCGAACUCUCGCUACCCGAAUUGGUGAGCUAUUUGGAAGACGACAAACUCUGCGUUGAGGAGGAGCAAGUUUUUGAAACUCUUCUAGCUUGGAUCCACCACGACCCGUUCUCCAGACGUGGCACCAUCCACGACUUGUUCAGUCGUGUUAGACUGAGACACAUCCACCCUUCAUAUCUCUUCCAGUUUAUCGCCAGCGACCCUCUAGUCCAGUCAUCGUCGUUAUGCACAGAAAUCAUUGAAUCUGUUCGUCGCCUGCUCUUUUCCGUCGGCACUCAUUGUCCUGUUGAUCUUGAGCCCCUGUGGGCUGCACCACGGCGGCAAAACUGCAAGGAGGCUCUUGUAAUAGUAGGAGGUCGUAAGAAUGGCGAGCGGACGUCUCGUGAGGCGCUGCUCUACGAUGAGCAAUCUCACUGCUGGCAGUGGCUUGCAAAAGUCCCUUUGCGGCUCUACCGACCCGCUUACGUCUGCAUGCACAGCAUCCUUUACGUUCUGGGUGGUUUAACAAUCAGAGCAGGAGGCCAGUGCACACCUAGCAACACCGUUUACACGCUUUCUCUCAAAACAAACCAGUGGAGAAUGGGAGAACCCAUGCUGACUCCUCGAUACGCCCAUCAGAGCGCCACCUACCUGCAUUUCAUUUUCGUACUGGGUGGAUUGACAGCUGAUGGACAGCUGUCCAAUGAGGUAGAGCGAUACGACACCAUGUUCAACCAAUGGGAGGUCAUGGCCUCCAUACCCACCGCAGUUCUACACCCAGCUGUAGCUGCUCAUAACCAGAGAAUAUACGUGUUUGGAGGAGAAGAUGCCAUGCAGAAACCAGUUCGAAUGAUCCAGGUGUACCACAUAGGAAGGAACCUGUGGUGUAGGAUGGAAACCAGGAUGGUGAAGAACGUCUGUGCACCAGCUGCAGUGAUUGAUAAUAAAAUCUACAUUGUAGGCGGCUAUACAAGAAGAAUGGUAGCCUAUGAUGUUAAAACCAACAGGUUUGAAAAAUGUGAAAAUAUGAAGGCCCGGAAGAUGCAUCACUCCGCUGCUGUGGUCAAUGACAAGAUCUAUGUGACGGGGGGCCGUUUCAUUAACAGCCAUGAGAGUGUGGAAGAUUCAGACAGCUUUGACUGCUACGACCCAAAGACAGACUCGUGGGUGUCAAUGGGAACACUGCCAUUCAGGCUAUUUGACCAUGGCUCAGUACCUCUGGUCUAUCUCUCUGAUAAGUUUCUGCCUACAUGAAUGUACUUACGGGGGAAUGUAGCUUAGUCACUUCAUUCAGGUUUUUAAAGGGGACAUUAAAUGCCCAUUUGGAAUAUACUUUGGUUAAAAUCCCUUAAUGGUUGUUUAAAACAACACCAUUUUUACCUUGUCAAAAAUGGCUCUGUUCACAGUGACCAGUUACGGUGCAUGUCUCUUUAAAUGAUAAUGAGCUACUGCUCACCCCACCCCUCUCUUCCGUUUUUGUGUAUUUGGUGGACGUUACCAUCAAAAACAUCCUACUACAAAACACCUACCUUUCUUACAAGACAGUAUUGUCACUACAGCUGCUCGAGCGUGGAGAAAAUGGUGAACGGCGUACAACUGGAUGAGGAAGGAAAUAUGCUAAUAUGGGACAGUCCAUCAGCGGCUGCAGGCGGGGCCUGAACCAAAUUCUUGAUGUACUGUAUUUUACAAAUCAUACUGAGAAAAAUGUAGAGUAAAAAUGCAGAGCAUAUUAUGAUAGCAAAGUAAUGAGACGCACACUUUUUUUCAAAGCUGUUUGCACAUGUUGCCUUUUGAAUGUGUGGAAUUUUAGUAUAAUAAUUAGUAAUAGUUAUUAAAAUAGCUGAAAUAGCCAAAUAGCUGGAAAAUAUUUUAAAUUAAGCUCAAACGAUGUAGUAGAUGCAAGUGUGAUACGUUUUCAGCUUAAUUUUUAAUUGUCUUUUAGAUCACCUAAUCUAAUCAUAAUUAAAUAUUAUUAGUGUUUACUACAGAGAGUACAUGUUACAUUUGAAUAUUUGUUUUCUAUUAAUUUGCACUUGUCACUAAAUAGUUGCACAUUGUAAGUUUACAGAAGCACUUUUAUGUAAAUGCAUUCCUCCAUUUUGUAAAUGUAUUUUUUAUUCAUAUAAUAAAUACAUUUAUGUAUGUAGUGGUUACAUUCUGUUAAAAAUGAAUUAAACAGAACAAUUCUAUAUCUGAAAUGAUGUUUGUUAUUAAAUGCUUCUUUAAAAUGA